ACAUCAUGAUUACAGAUGAGCUUAAUACUUUUGUUAUUUAUUAAGAGAGGAGUUGAUAAUCAUCCUGUAGUAGUGUUCUCAGAGGAUGGAGAGCUGAAACGAGUGUUUACUUUCGACACCUCUGUUGUCAGUAUGAUCCAUGGACUACGAGUAUUCCACAAUGUUUCAUCCGGUCAUACAAGUGUAUGGGUCACAGAUGUUGGAAAUGCUACAUAUGGACACACAGUAAAGAAGAUUUCAACAGAUGGUAAACUGGAGCUUGUCCUUGGAACGGCAGGAAUAGCAGGAUCAAGCUUGAGCCCUGUGCAGUUCGGCAAUGUUGCGGAUCUUGCUUUCAGUGAAAAGGGAGAGAUGUAUGUGGUAGACGGAGAUGGUGGGGUUAACAACAGGCUGUUGAAGUUAUCUCAAGAUUUCAAAGUUAUGUGGCACGUUGGUGAAGCAAACAGCACCAAAGACGGCAACUUUGACGUACCUCACAGCGUGGAGUUGGAUAACCACAAUCGUGUGUGGGUUGCAGACCGCAUGAAUGGCAGGCUGCAAGCCUUUGAUGCAGAUACGGGCAAGUUUAUUGGCAAAUGGACAAGUUGUUUCUCUGUUGGGCAACCAUACUCUGUCAG